ACAGGCGAAACUGUGAAAUGCAAAGUGUAUAUUUGAAAAGAAUCGGACAUGUAUACAGAACUUUUCAAUUAUCGUAACCAAAUGUAAUCUACGUAGAUAUUGAACUAAACAAGGCUGUAUUGAUUAGAAUCAAUAAUGCAAUUAAAGUUUUAAGGAUUUAUCAAAAUUUUAUUCAAAUAUCUUUAGUUGCAAUGAAGUGUACUCGAGUUAUUUAAGCAUCACAGUUUUGUUUAUUGUACUUCGGAUUUUUCGCCUCUCAAAAAUAGUUGUGUAUUCCGAAGGAAACACUCCGUUAAAGCAGAAAGUAUGGAGGUUGAAUAUAACGAGCGUGCUAUUCUAACGGGCUUUGAUCGCAAUGUGGAUAAAGGAAGACUGUCUAAAUCUUCACAUGACGUCACAGACUUUUCAAAGACAACCGACAACACAGAUGAAAAUUUGAACAGGAAAGAGGAUUCAAUAGCACGUGAAUCGAAAACUCCACGAAAAUACCAUGCAAAAUCAAAACGGAAACCGGAAGUCACUUCAUCUACCAGUCAAAGCGAAAUCGAAAACAUGCAGAUCUACAGAACCGAUCAACUGGAAGACAAAGAUGUUUUUCUCCCGCGCCUGACUAGUUCUUCUUCUAGAGUUUCGCCUGAUUGCAAAUCGCAAGAUAGCAAUGGAGAACAGCAGCUUCUACGACUUCCAGAAAUUCGAAUCGUUCCGAGUAAUUAUUCCAGAAUGGCUCUAAACAGAAGUAUCACAGACCUCCUCGACCCGGAAAUGGAAAUUUUAAAUAAAAUAAAACACGGACCAAGGAAGAAGAAAAAGAAACGUCACAACAAAACCGUCCGAAAAGAUUCCGAACAGGCUGACGGAACGUAAUUUACAUGCCACAUCAUUGUUGACAAAUGCCAAUGUUAUCUUGCUUUCAUUUUCGGUUGUAAACAACCUUCUAUGUAUUUGUGUUAUAAAUAAGUUAUAUUGAUGACUGGUUUCAAAGAUGGAUUAUACACUCGAAACUCGUUAUCUCGAACUCGCUAACCUAAAAAAUCCGGCUAUCCCGAAAACACGGGCAUAAAAUAUCAUUUUAAGUUGAACUUCGGUUAUCUUGGAGUAAAAGGCACGAUCCCUUGGAAUUUCAACUUUAACUGUGUUUAACACAACCCUCCCGUGUUCCGAGUCUCUGGAAUUUACAAACAACUUUACUUGAGACAGAUAGAAGAUGAAAUAGCAUUUUCAGUGUGGCAACGAACUGUACGUUAUGUUGCUAUUUUACGCCAUAAUUGACGUAAUACUACUCUAUUAUCAGUGUCAACCGUGGUUUAUUGCCGAAUAUACAACGCUUGAAUUCCUUAAUUAUUUCUUUAUCUGAUAGACAAAACUGAGUCAUUUAAGAGUUAUAUAAAAUGUCUUGACAGACAAAACUGAAUGAUUUUAGAGCGGUAUAAAAUAUUUACUCUGAAUAAAACUUUGAAUUUUGAA